GGUGGGACACGCGGCUGACCGGGUUUGGUCAAUCCCACGCCCCGCCCCAGGAGCUCGCCCUGGUCGGCGACGUGAGGGUGCGGAGUAAGUACCGGGAAGUUACCCUCAUCCCAGUCUCAAAGUACCGCUCCUGAAAACUGAAGGCAGAUUUCUUUUUCUAGAGAUAACAAAGACACUUUGUCACUUUGCGCGCUGCCUUGGUGCAAAUCUUUAAUUGCAAGUGGGGGUGGGGGGAUCGAGUGUCCCGAGCAACCCAAGCGCGAGUCUCCAGGCGGCAAGGCCCCCUUUGAUCAGGAAAAUCCAAUUAUUUGUGUAUAUACAUUUCCCACAUAGUGAUUACUUCAUUAAUUGUCCCGCCUUUAUCUCCUCCCUUCCCAUCCCCCCUAAUAAUCAGUUCUUUUAUCCAGACCAACAAACACACCAUAGGAGCUUUGUGGAUUCAAAGGAUUUGCUUUCGCUUCUGAAAGAGCCGCUAUUCUUUGAUGAUUGGGUAGCGGCAAACUUCAAAGCCAUAAAUCUUUCCUCUGACUGGCUGGCGGCCCAGCAAAGCCCUUAUCAAAUUCUUGGAGGUGAUCCUGAAGCGCUCAGACCGCGCGCGGGGCGAGCAAGCCGGGCGCGGGCGGGGAGCACUCGGAGGCACGCUGGGCGGCCGUUCGUCCUCGCCUUCGGGUGUCCAUGCCUCGGCGGCCGCGUCCCGCUCCACUACGAGCGGCCUUCAAGCAGUAGCCAUGGCCGCUGUGGCCGUCCUCCGGAACGACUCUCUGCAGGCCUUCCUCCAGGACCGCACCCCCAGCGCCUCCCCGGAUCUAGGCAAGCACUCGCCCCUGGCUCUGCUGGCCGCCACCUGUAGCCGGAUCGGCCAGCCCGGCGUGACUGCAGCACCCGACUUCCUGCAGGUGCCCUACGACCCAGCGCUGGGCUCACCUUCCAGGCUUUUCCACCCGUGGACCGCCGACAUGCCUGCGCACUCGCCAGGCACCCUGCCUCCCCCGCAUCCUAGCCUGGGGCUGACGCCACAGAAAACACACCUGCAGCCGUCCUUCGGGGCAGCGCACGAGCUCCCGCUCACGCCUCCUGCGGAUCCCUCGUACCCUUACGAGUUCUCGCCGGUCAAGAUGCUGCCCUCGAGCAUGGCGGCUCUGCCUGCCAGCUGCGCGCCCGCCUACGUGCCCUAUGCCGCGCAGGCCGCGCUGCCCCCGGGCUACUCCAACCUGCUGCCCCCGCCACCACCUCCGCCUCCACCACCCACCUGCCGCCAGCUGUCCCCGGCACCAGCCCCGGACGACCUCCCCUGGUGGAGCAUCCCGCAAUCGGGCACUGGGCCGGGAGGCUCCGGGGUUCCUGGGACCAGCCUCUCCAGCGCCUGUGCCGGGGCUCCCCACGCCCCCCGCUUCCCUGCCUCAGCUGCCGCUGCUGCAGCGGCUGCUGCUGCCCUGCAACGGGGCCUAGUGUUGGGCCCGUCGGACUUUGCGCAGUACCAGAGCCAGAUCGCGGCGCUACUGCAGACCAAGACCCCCCUGGCGGCCACGGCCAGGAGGUGCCGCCGCUGCCGCUGCCCCAACUGCCAGGCGGCUGGCGGCGCCCCCGAGGCGGAGCCGGGCAAAAAGAAGCAACACGUGUGCCACGUGCCAGGAUGCGGCAAGGUGUACGGCAAGACGUCGCACCUGAAGGCGCACCUGCGCUGGCACACGGGCGAGCGGCCCUUCGUGUGCAACUGGCUCUUCUGCGGCAAGAGCUUCACGCGCUCGGACGAGCUGCAGCGGCACCUGCGGACUCACACGGGCGAGAAGCGCUUCGCCUGUCCCGAGUGUGGCAAACGCUUCAUGCGCAGCGACCAUCUCGCUAAGCACGUGAAGACGCACCAGAAUAAGAAGCUCAAAGUCCCGGAGGCCGGGGUGAAGCGGGAGAACCCGCGGGACCUAUGAGCGCACCGGGCACUUUUGAGGUCUCUCCAGCCCGCCCAGAACAUCCUUCCCAGAACCUUGGCUGACAGGCCCGAAACAGACCAUCGAGGCAGCUGACCGAGAGGAACUUUUUAUUGUCCUCCUCCCGAAAGGAAGCCUUGCUGACCGGCCCUAGAGCAGAGGGCAGGGCAGGUAGGGCUGGGAACUGGGACAUGGUUAAGAACCCUAAGUUACCCCAAGACGGUUCCAAAGUCCGAGCCAUCUCCUGCCUGGAAGACCUACCGUCGGGGAUUCUGCCCCAGGCUGGCCUUGCUUGUAGGAGUCGCUGCUGAAGGAAAAUAGAAGGGGCCUUGGGAGACUCAACACAGGGCUUGAGUUUUCGAUAGGCCCGAUUCGGGCUUUGUACAGGUUAUUUAAUAAUAGCUUUGUUAAAGAGUAAUUAUAAUUAUAACACUAAUAAAUGUUUCUGUUGUUCUCAGCUCCAUGCAGAGUUACAGCAUGGUGUGUUUCUGUAAAGCGAUCAGCAGUUGCAGCGUGAAAAUAAAUAUGUUCAUUCCAGGGUCUCCUCAGGAAGACCCCCGUA